CCAAUCCAGGAUCCUCUGCUGAUAUCUUCUAUAUAAGAGAAAUCUCCUGGAUGACCCAUCAACCAUGGAGAGAGACAGGAACAAGAUGGCCGACAGGAUCAUAAACCUCACCCUACAGAUACUCUUCCGGCUUACUGGAGAGGAUUACACAGUAGUGAAGAAGUCCUCUAGUGGGCACUGUCGGGCCCCUGUGUGUGAAGGAUGGGGAAGAACCCUGAGCCCAAUCCCGGGGCCCCCACCUCACUCCCUGAUACAUGAGGAAAUGGAUGAACAGAAGAUCCGAGAACUCAUCAACAAGAUGAUGGAGCUGCUGACUGGAGAGGUUCCUAUAAGGUGUCAGGACGUGGCGGUCUAUUUCUCCAUGGAGGAGUGGGAGUAUGUAGAAGGACACAAGGAUCAGUACAAGGAUCAGGUGAUGAUGGAGGAUCAGCAGCCCCUCACAUCACCAGUCAGAUCCAGUAAGAGAACAGCACCAGAGAGGUGUCCCCGUCCUCUUCUUCCACAGGAUGAUCAGGUAGAUGGAGAUAUUCCCUAUGAUCUGUAGAAGGGCUGUGAAGC